GCGAUCGCACCGAUGGAGCAGUGCAUCAAAUUCGACCGCGAGCACUCGCUCGCCUACCACGGGCUCGGUAUGCUGCUGGAGUGUGUGCGCAACGAUUUCCCCCGGGCCGAGGAGAUGUAUAACGAGGCCAUCAAACUCGACGCGAACGACUCCGAAGCCCACCGAGGCCUCGGUUACAUCAUGUACAAGCGCGGCGACUAUGAUGGCGCGGAGACGAGCUUUGGGACAGCCAUACAUCUCGAUUGGAAUCUUGCAGAGGCCCAUCGCGGUCUUGCCGAGGUACACCUAAGGAAGGGCAACCGCGUCGCCGCGUUACAGAGCUACCGCGAUGUCGCCGAGCUAGAGCCGACGCACAGCCUUGCAUUCUACAAGAUCUUUGGCAUGCUGGCGCAAGACGGCGACUACGUUGCUGCCGAACAAACGUUCCAAAAGGCUGCUGGGCUCAACCCACCGAACUCCGAGCUC